AUGCAAAAUCAAGCCAACCGAGGACUUCAAAGAGAGGCUAUCAGUGCCCCUGGCGCAAAGAAGAUGGCAAUGUCCCCUCCAUGGUCGCCUGACCAGGAUGAAGUCGGCCGGUCGUGGAAGGAGUCUGUCAAGUGUCGUGACCACUACUUUUCCGGUAACCUGGAUGAUGUUGAUGGUAGUUUGACGGUCUCUAGGCGGCCCAUGAUGGAUGCUUAUUGCCUCUUCUUUCUUGGAAUCGGAGGGCGAAACACGGUACAGGAAUUGCGCAAGGCCGCAGAGAAGCGCACCGGCGACAUGUAUAUCCGCCGCGGAUUUAAUGCCGUAUAUCAUGAGGAGUUUGAGUUUUUCGUGGACAAACUCACUUGGGAAAAAUAUUUUGGACGUUGGGGUGAAACAAGAAAGGUUCGGUGGCCGUGGCCAACGACUGUGAACAGUCUGAAAGCUGGAGGACUCUCACUCACUUACGACCGACUGCUAGAGGCCAGCCGACAAGACAACCCGAGUGUAUCAUUGUCAACACCUAUGGAACAAAGCAUAGCUUCGGAGAAGGCCAAUACCCCCCAAAUUGAGACUCAACCCAAAAGGCAUCGUCUUUCAUCCCGUAAAAGACACAGGGUUCCAACUUCGUCGGAAGAAGCCGGUAGCAGCAACACAGGCAGUGGACAGAUUGCUCCAGCUGAUGAUCUUCUCGCGCAAGUAUCAUACCAAAAGCUCGAAGAGAGUCUCGCCAGUAUAAAUGCUCGACUACUUCAAAUCGAGGCAUACCCCAAAGACAGCAGACCGUCUUCAUCCAGACAUACGAUUCCAUCUGCCCCUGAGGAUGUACGAAGAAUCAUGUGUGAUGAAGGUUAUCCCGAGCUUAUAGAGUACCUUGUUGAGGUCGAGAAGCGACGAAAGAAACCGGCAAAGUAG